AUGUUCAAGAGAUACGUCUUAUUCACAAUCUAUUUACCAGCAAUAUUCAGUUUCCUUUGUUUGAUAUUAAUAGCUAUUACAAUAUCAGGUCAAUCAAACAAAGCAAGAGGUUCAAUUUAUUCAUUAAAAGUUGAUUUCAAAGAUAUAGUUUAUUCAAGAAUUAUUCAACCAGAAAAUCGUACAUUGUAUGCUGAAUCACUUUUGAAUAGAGUUUAUUAUAUUGGGCUUUGGGGUUAUUGUUCCACUGAUUAUCCUGAAAGAAGUAAAGAUUGGUUAUAUUGUUCUUCACAAGAUCCACCAUAUAGAUUUGAUCCAUAUGAUUUGAUCUUGAAGGAAGCUUUCAUUUAUCCUAGACAAAAAAGACAGAUCAGUUCAAUUUUAUUUCCAGAUGGUGUUACUAUGAAUAAAGUUGAUAAUUCAACAAUUUUUGCUUUAUUAUGGGUUUCAUUAAUAUUUUCAGGUUUAAUGUUUCUCUAUUAUUGUGGAGCGGGUGGAUAUAGUGUUGCAAAACCUAGCGUUAUAAUUUAUCCAUUAUUAUUGAUCAAUAUUACAUGCUUGAUUGUUGUUGGUGCAUUAUCAAAUGUAAAAUUUGGAAAAAUUGCUAAAAGUUUCAAUAGUACUAAUGGGAGAUAUGGUAUUUCAGCUUCGUUGGGUAAUCGAAAUUUUUAUACAAUGAUUUGGAUUUCAUUAUCAUUACAAAUUAUCAGUUUAUCUAUGACAUUUAUUGGAAAUUCCUUCUUGUUCCAAAAUCCAGAUUAUAAAAUGUCUAGAUUAGAACAGCAAGAUAAGAUAAACAGAUUGGGUAGAUCAAAUACAAGACCAUUAAAUCAAACUUCAAUUUCAUCAUCAAGACCAAGAUCUCCAAGUCCAACACCAUCACAACUAUUUGAUAGAGUAAGCGGCUUAGAAAGAGGUAGAUCAACAACAAGACCUACAAGACCUAUGAUAUUACCACCAGUGGAAACUACAAAUAUUGAUAGAACAAGAAUUCAAAGAAGAGAAGAAAUUCAUGUUGAAACAGGUGAAGCUCCUCCAAGGUAUGAAGAAAUUAAUAAAGAUCAACUUCAUACAGGGAAUACAUUACCAGAUAAUCAUGGGUCUUCAGAUAGACAAUAA